UACUACGGUAGCCUAAAUCGACUAACCAAUGAACAUUAAGGGCGCGAUUACGUCACGAGAGUUUAGUAAUUUGAAUCAUAAUAUGAUUAAUCGGUAUUUUUUGUAUGGAAAAUAGUAAAGAUAGUUAUGAAAUAAAGAUAUUUAGUGGAUUAUAAUACCUAAUUAUGAAAAACUUUUUAUUUUUGUGUGGUCUGGUACCCCUACCACAGUGGGAUAGAAAUCUUGAGCUUCCCUGGCCCCUUUCGCUUGGAGGUGCUGUGCUAGGUGCUAGUGUGCUAGUAGUCACAAACACGAAACACAUCAACAAGUCACGUUCGUAAGAGUUCGUUGCGCAUGAUUCAUUUUCCGUCAUUUUGUUUAUGAUUUUGUCCUGUUUUGUUUUUUUUUUAAAUAGAGGUAAUUUUAUGACCAGUGAUAUGGCUAAGACAGAUAGACUAUUAUUGAAAUGGAACAACAUACAAUAAUAUGUAGAACAUGUUGUGUUGGUGGUUGUACCUUCUCCACAUCGUUUACGUUUUCCAGAGAUGAAAUGGACAUGUUCUUGGAAGGGUUGAAACUUAUUCAAAUUUUCGUGUUUGUUCUAGGCAUUUUAAAGAAGAUUUUAAGAUACAUGAGAGUUCGAACAAGAGGAAUUACCAAAGGGGCCAUCCCAAGCUCAUUUUUACCACCACUAGAUUAUCAGGAUGAAAAGGCUACUGAAGAAUCUCAAUUUAUUGACAUGCAUGUAGGUCAGAGUCAAUAGAUGCCUAGGCUCAAAAUGGGACCCAUUUCCAUUGAGUAUAACGUGGAUCCCUGCACAAGGAUAUACGUGAAGACCAGAAUGGUAGCAGUCACGUAUAAAAUAUAUCUAUGAUAUGAUACUUCUGUAAUUCCAUACAAAUUUUGAUUGCUCAAGUAAUUUUAUAAAGUAAUUUACAGAAAUAAAUAACUUUUUAAGAA